CACUCUCGCCGCCUCUCUCUCUCUCUCCUCUCCUCUCCCCUCCUCGCCUCAGAUUUCUUCUAAUUUUGUGGAGGAGUGCCUUUUAAGAACCCGUCAAGAUGGUGAAGUUCACGGCUGAUGAGCUCCGAAGAAUCAUGGACUACAAGCACAACAUUCGGAAUAUGUCUGUCAUCGCCCAUGUUGAUCACGGGAAAUCCACCCUCACCGAUUCCCUCGUGGCUGCUGCUGGUAUUAUUGCUCAGGAAGUUGCUGGAGACGUUCGUAUGACAGAUACUCGUGCAGAUGAGGCAGAGCGUGGUAUCACGAUCAAGUCUACUGGAAUUUCUCUAUACUAUGAAAUGUCUGACGAAUCCUUAAAAACCUACAAGGGAGAGAGAAAUGGCAACGAGUAUCUGAUCAACUUGAUCGACUCACCUGGGCACGUGGACUUCUCUUCUGAGGUCACAGCUGCCCUCCGUAUUACCGAUGGUGCGUUAGUGGUUGUGGACUGUGUUGAGGGUGUCUGUGUCCAGACAGAAACUGUUCUUCGUCAGGCUUUGGGUGAGAGGAUCAGGCCUGUCUUAACUGUCAACAAGAUGGACAGAUGCUUCCUCGAGCUGCAGGUUGAUGGUGAGGAGGCAUAUCAAACAUUCCAAAGAGUUAUUGAGAAUGCUAAUGUCAUCAUGGCCACAUAUGAGGAUCCCCUUCUUGGUGAUGUCCAGGUGUACCCAGAGAAAGGAACUGUUGCUUUUUCUGCUGGUCUGCAUGGUUGGGCCUUUACUCUCACCAAUUUCGCCAAGAUGUAUGCAUCCAAGUUUGGUGUUGACGAGUCGAAGAUGAUGGAACGUUUGUGGGGUGAGAAUUUCUUCGAUCCUGCCACCAAGAAAUGGACAAGCAAGAACACCGGUUCUGCAACAUGUAAGCGUGGUUUUGUCCAGUUCUGCUAUGAGCCAAUCAAGCAGAUCAUCAAUACGUGUAUGAAUGACCAGAAAGAUAAGCUGUGGCCCAUGCUACAGAAGCUUGGGGUCACCAUGAAGUCUGAGGAGAAGGAUUUGAUGGGUAAGGCAUUGAUGAAGCGUGUGAUGCAGACUUGGCUUCCGGCAAGUACUGCUCUGUUGGAAAUGAUGAUAUUCCACCUUCCAUCUCCAUCUAAGGCUCAGAGGUAUCGUGUUGAGAACUUGUAUGAGGGCCCCCUUGACGAUCAAUAUGCCACUGCCAUUAGGAACUGUGAUCCUGAGGGACCUCUCAUGCUCUAUGUCUCCAAGAUGAUUCCUGCUUCUGAUAAGGGUAGAUUCUUUGCUUUUGGUCGUGUUUUCGCUGGCAAGGUCUCUACUGGUCUGAAGGUCAGGAUCAUGGGUCCCAACUACGUCCCAGGUGAGAAGAAGGAUUUAUAUGUGAAGAGUGUCCAGAGAACUGUUAUUUGGAUGGGAAAGAGGCAGGAGACUGUUGAGGAUGUGCCUUGUGGUAACACUGUGGCUUUGGUUGGUCUUGAUCAGUAUAUCACGAAGAAUGCAACUUUGACAAAUGAGAAAGAAGUCGAUGCCCACCCAAUCCGUGCCAUGAAAUUCUCCGUCUCCCCAGUCGUGCGUGUUGCUGUUCAGUGCAAGGUGGCUUCUGACCUUCCCAAGCUCGUUGAAGGACUUAAACGUCUGGCCAAGUCGGACCCUAUGGUGGUAUGUAGCAUUGAGGAAUCUGGCGAACACAUCAUUGCUGGUGCUGGAGAACUUCAUUUGGAAAUUUGCCUGAAGGAUUUGCAGGAUGACUUCAUGGGCGGAGCUGAGAUUGUGAAGUCAGAUCCAGUUGUGUCUUUCCGUGAAACUGUGUUGGAGAAAUCGUGCCGUACUGUCAUGAGCAAAUCGCCCAAUAAGCACAACAGGUUGUACAUGGAGGCUCGGCCUUUGGAGGAGGGGCUUGCUGAGGCCAUUGAUGAUGGCCGUAUUGGUCCCAGGGAUGAUCCCAAGGCUCGCUCAAAGAUCUUGUCUGAAGAGUUUGGCUGGGAUAAGGAUCUUGCGAAGAAGAUUUGGUGCUUCGGUCCUGAGACUACUGGACCUAACAUGGUUGUUGAUAUGUGUAAGGGUGUUCAGUACCUCAAUGAAAUCAAGGAUUCUGUUGUUGCUGGUUUCCAGUGGGCAUCAAAAGAAGGUGCUUUGGCUGAGGAGAAUAUGCGUGGUAUUUGCUUUGAGGUAUGUGAUGUCGUUCUGCAUGCUGACGCCAUUCACAGAGGUGGUGGCCAGGUCAUUCCGACUGCUAGGAGGGUUAUCUAUGCUUCGCAGUUGACAGCCAAGCCCAGGCUUCUUGAGCCUGUCUACCUUGUCGAGAUCCAAGCUCCGGAGCAGGCCCUUGGAGGUAUUUACAGUGUCCUUAACCAGAAGCGUGGGCAUGUGUUCGAGGAGAUGCAGAGGCCUGGAACCCCUCUCUACAACAUCAAGGCCUACCUUCCUGUUAUCGAGUCCUUCGGUUUCUCCAGUACAUUGAGAGCUGCAACCUCUGGGCAGGCGUUCCCUCAGUGUGUCUUCGACCACUGGGAUAUGAUGUCGUCCGAUCCUCUGGAGUCUGGGUCUCAGGCAUCUCAGCUGGUUGCUGAUAUCCGCAAGAGGAAGGGCUUGAAGGAGCAGAUGACCCCGCUGUCUGAGUUCGAGGACAAGCUGUAAUUGCAGGAUGGAUUGAGGAUGCGAUAUUCGUGGCUCCGCGCACUAGUUCUCCUUUCCUGGAUACUGUCCCUUGUGUAGUAGUAGUCACAAACUUUUCAGUUUAAUUGUUCUGCUGGUCGUCGUCAUGUUUUUGAGUUUUUUGAACAUUGUCCUGGUGUCUUGAGAGGUGCAAUUUUUAUUCUCAUAGGUGGUUUUGUUUGUUGGAGCUGAUUAAAGUUCAUGGUGCCAUAAUGUACCAGAUCAUCGCAACUUAUAUUGUUGACUCUCCCACCAGAGUUUUUUCGCUUCUAGAGGUUUAUUAUUAUGAAUAAGUUUUCUUUUGUUCUCCA